CAAGGCACAGAGAGAGAUAGAGUGAGAGAGAGAGAAAGUCAAAAUGGCGAAGAAGGUGGACAGCAGUGAGAGAGGUUUGAGAUGGUCUCUCGCCGGAAUGACCGCUCUCGUCACCGGCGGCACUCGCGGCAUCGGGCACGAUGUUGUGGAGGAACUAGCCGAUAAAGGGGCGAUCGUGCACACCUGUUCUCGCAACGAAUCCGAGCUCAGUCGUUGCUUGCAGGAAUGGUCCGCCAAGGGUUUCACGGUCACCGGUUCGGUCUGCGAUGUAUCGUCUCGGCCUCAAAGAGAGAAGAUGUUGGAUGAAGUCUCUUCUCUCUUCAAUGGCAAGCUCAAUAUCCUUAUAAACAAUGUUGGCACAACCCUCUGGAAGCCUACUAUGGAGUAUAGUGCUGAAGAAUACUCAAUGCUCAUGGCUACCAAUCUUGAGUCCGCUUUCCAUCUCUGCCAACUUGCAUAUCCUCUUCUAAAAGCUUCUGGAGUUGGAAGCAUUGUGUUUAUUUCCUCUGUUGCUGGUUUGGUGCACACCGGUUCUGGAUCCGUUUAUGGAGCUAGCAAAGGUGCAAUGAAUCAACUUACAAAAAAUUUGGCUUGUGAGUGGGCAAAAGAUAACAUCCGAAGUAAUUGUGUUACACCCUUUUGUAUCAGAACCCCACUCUUACAACAUUUGAUGGACAAGCAAGAGUUCCUGGAUAAGGUAAGAUCUAGAACUCCUCUUGGGCGCCCUGGAGAGCCAAAUGAAAUAUCAUCCUUGGUGGCAUUCCUUUGUAUGCCUACUUCAUCUUACAUCACUGGUCAGAUUAUUUCUGUUGACGGAGGAAUGACUGUGUAUGGUUUCUCACCUAAUUAGGGGAGAGAAAGAAAAGCCACAAAUCUGGCAUUGUUUGUUUGUUAGUCUGUGUUGGAAAAUUUUAUGUAUUUGGACUUGCAUUGUUGUGCUUUUUUUUUAUUUGCGAAUAAUGGGUAGAAUAUCUGGUGUACCAUUGACAUAUGAUUGACCUGAAUCUAAGGAAUUUGAUCAGUAUUGGUUCUUGGGUUAUGGUACACCUUAGUUAUGUGGACCAUAGUAUCUACUAGUAUUUUGAAAGCUUUCCAAGCGUGUGGUGAGUUUGUUUUGCUGCGGCAGGUAUGCCUAACCCCCGUUGUUGUUGUAUGGUUUAUCAGUCUGCUCAAUGGAUUUUCACUUGACCCCCCAAAAAAA